AGGGCAAUUACUUGGGUUGAGGUCAAAUCUUUUAAAAUUCUUUGGAAUCAAGCAAAUACAUGAUUUAAAGCAGGCCCAUGUCUAUGCCCGGGUGCUUCUGAUUCUGAUGUGUAAGGAGAUAGCUAGUUUAGAUUUUGCACAAGCCCGUAAAAAUUUAGUGCAUCAAGCAAUCAUGAACGCUUUUCAGCGAGGGAUGACGGAAUUUAUUGUCGAAAUCAUCGGACGUAAUCCAGAUUUAUUGAUGACUAAGGACGUGGACGAUAGAGACAUGUUCAGGAUUGCAGUUGCACAUCGACAAGAAAAAGUUUUUAACCUCAUAUAUGGGCUUGAUACUAAGAAGCAUCAUUUUCUUUCUUUCGUUGAUAAGCUCGGCAAUAGUAUGUUACAUGUGGCAGGGAAACUAUCAUCCGAAUCUCAGGUUAAGCUUGAACAAAUCUCAGGACCAGCUCUGCAAAUGCAAAGAGAACUGCAAUGGUUCAAGGAAGUGGAAAGCAUUGUACCACCUAUAUUUAAAGAAUAUCCUAAUAGAAAAGGAGAAACUCCUUGUGAAGCAUUUGAUCGAAGCCAUGCGGAAUUGGUGAAAGAAGGAGAGAAAUGGUCGAAGGAUAUAGCACAAUCCUCUACGAUUGUUGGCACUCUCAUCAUCACCAUUAUGUUUGCUGCUCUUUUUACUGUUCCUGGGGGCCUUAAUCAGGAAACUGGUGUUCCCUUACUCUUAACAAAUAAGCCUUUUAAGGUAUUCAUAAUAUCGGAUGCUAUUUCUUUUUUUGCUUCAACCACUUCGGUGUUGAUAUUCGUUGGCAUCCUCACUUCACGAUACUCAGCAAAUGAUUUCCUCAUAUCCUUGCCCAGCAAAUUGAUCAUCGGACUUUCCUUCCUCUUCAUUUCUAUUGCAGCAAUGAUGGUUGCCUUCUCCUCAACUGUCAUUAUCAUGCUAAAGGGCCAAUUUGAGAUUGUUAUUUCGAUCGUUGUGCUAUCUAGCAUUCUAAUCGGUCUCUUUGUGAGGUUGCAGUUUCCACUCGUUGUUAAGAUUUUUUUCUCAACUUAUGGACCAGGGAUCUUUGAUAGAAGAAUGAAGAAAUGUCUAUAAUUAACUCUAGGUAUAUUUAUGUUUUCCAAGAAGAGGUGUCAUUGUGAUUGUAAGUGAUACUAAUUUUAUGUUUGGUUUCAAUUUUCAAGGACAGGGAUGGGGAGGAUUAAACU